AUGUCACCGAACUCGAACGACUACGACGUGAGGCUGUUCCUUUAUCUGGCUGAGGAUGCGGCGCCACAACUUGCUGAGCAAACGGCAAAUGUGGAUGCCGCCGUGAAUACGCCAGUUGUGGUUGAUUCAAACGAUGAUGGAACAGUCGCCCAGGAACUGGAACUAGAGCAAAUGAGGAGUACAUUGGAAGAGGCGAUUGUGGAAACGCGCAGUACGACUCUCGAAAAUCGACCGCGACUUCCCCGCUUAGCCCUAAGCAAGCGGAAUCGGGCUGUCGUGAGGGCUCUGAACCCAAUGCUGGUUACCUAUUUGGAAGCCAGCCGGGACCUUUGCGAUACGGACUCAAUUCUUUUUGGCGCCGCACUGGCAGUCUGCCGUAUUAUAGGUGCCAAACUUUCCACGGCUGGACGCGCUACUGGACAAAGUAGUGCUAUCCCAGCCUGGAGAAUAAGAAUUGAAGAACGUAUCGCAAAGGCUAGGGCCCUCAUCGGCAGACUGAUAUGCUUCAGGUCAGGCAAUACCAGGCCAAGGAUUGUGCGCACCGUCAGGAUGGCGUUUGCUGGGACAAAUGUUAGUUUGUCCCAGCCGGAUAUAAUGCAAAAACUGACGGAGCGCAUAGACGACCUGAAGCAAAGAAUAGCUGCUUGGGGAAAGCGGAUUCGGCGAUAUACCGAGAGGUCGACACGGUUCAACCAGAAUCGUCUCUUCCAGAGUGAUCAGAAGAGGCUCUAUAAAUCAUUGGAGCGACCAAUAGUAAGUGGAACGGGCCCUGCACCAAAUCAGGCCGACAUGGUCGCAUUCUGGCGCAGCCUGUGGUCGGAGCCCGUAAACCACAACGAGGGCCCUUGGACGGAAGUUGUGGCGAGUCAGUGUGCGAGUAUUACGCCCAUGGACCCCGUCAUCAUAACGCCGGAUGACGUAGCUGAGGCGGUCCGUAGGGCCCCGAACUGGAAAAGUCCGGGGCUUGACGGGCUGCAUCACUACUGGCUGAAGGGGUUCAUGGUGUGUCACUCUGUGCUCGCCCGACAGUUUCAAGAGGCUCUCAAGCCUCUUCACUACUGGGAUCACUCAUUUGGUUCCUAA